AUGAAGCAAUAUGGGGUCUCAGAGCAAGAGACAGUUGAUGUUUUUAAGAAACAGAUUAUGGAUUUGUGGGAGGACAUAAACGAGGAGUUUCUCCGACCAACUGCUGUGCCGAUGCCUGUGCUUAAGCGGGUUCUUAAUUUAACACGAGUGGCUGAUCUUCUAUACAAGGGGGAAGAUGGCUUCACACGUGUUGGGAAGGUCACAAAAGAUAGUGUUGCUUCAGUCUAUAUUAAUCCUGUGCCGCUGUGA